CCAUAAUGAGCGCUACAAAACGGUUGCUUUACGAAAAGCUUGCACGUACAUAUGUAUACUAUAACAUUAUAAUUGUUGUUGUUUUUUUACGCAUUUCGCCGUUUUUGUUUUGUUUUGGCUGAAAGCGACGCUGAACUGGUCUUUGCCUUUUCAGUUUGUUUUGAUUGCCGUUUCGCAUGCAGUGCAUCGUCGAUUUGAUUUUGUUUUUUUAUUCUUCUUUUGCCAUAAUUCGCGCUUAACUUAUGGUUUUGGAGUUACUUACCUGUUGUUGUAGUGAGUGUAAGCUGGCGUCCAUUGCAUUCACUCGAUUUUGAACUUGAGCUGCUGCAAACCGGUUGCCAAGUUGGUGGUACAAGAGCAAAACUAUUGAACGGUGCUUCAAGGCACAGUUGCUGCCGCUUUUCCAUCCAUUAGUAUGGCAACGAGCUGCGAUAUGCCACACAUCAGUUGGAGCUGCAUCAGCCUCUGGCUUGCCACUUUGCCGCUGCUAAUGAAUGCACAGCCACUCGUCGAUUUGGCACGCAAUUUCGAGACGUCACUACUCAAUACGCGCCUACCCGAUACUCAAACAUUCGAGGAGGCUUAUGAUUUCAUAAUUAUUGGCGCUGGUUCGGGUGGUUGUGUUGUUGCCAAUAGACUAAGUGAGAUCAGCAAUGCAACGGUGCUGUUGCUGGAGGCGGGCGAUCAGGAAACGUUCUUGAGUGACGUCCCCCUUACCGCCGCGCUCACCCAGAUGACACGCUACAAUUGGGGUUACAAGUCUGAUCCAACACCGAAUGCUUGCCAGGGUCUGAAAGGUGGUGUCUGCAAUUGGCCGAAAGGACGUGGUAUUGGCGGUACAAGUCUCAUAAAUUUCAUGCUUUACACACGUGGCCAUCGCAAAGACUAUGAUCACUGGGCUGCGCUUGGCAAUAACGGUUGGAGUUAUAAGGAGGUGUUGCCAUAUUUCAAAAAAUCGGAAAAUAUUGGCAUCGAAGAAUUGCGCAAGUCGCCGUAUCACGGACGCAAUGGUCCGCUCGAUGUCAGCUAUACCGACUUCAAGUCAAGCAUACUAAAAGCCUUUCUGAAAUCAAGUCGCGAAAUGGGUUACGAAAUUACGGAUACAAAUGGUGAGCAGUUGAUGGGAUUUGCGCGUGCACAGGCAAAUCUACGCAAUGGCCGACGUUGCAGCACAAGUAAAGCAUUCAUAAGACCCAUUGCUGCGCGACCAAAUUUACACAUAUCAAUGAAGUCUUGGGUCACGCGUAUUCUUGUGGAUCCGGUGAGUAAGAUAGCGACUGGUGUGGAGUUUGUGAAGCAACAUCAGCGUUAUAUAGUGAAGGCGCGAAGGGAGGUGAUACUCUCGGCGGGUACCAUCGCCUCGCCGCAGUUGCUGAUGUUAUCUGGCAUAGGACCGCGUGAGCAUUUGGCAGAGCUAGGCAUACCCGUAAUGCGAGACUUGCAAGUUGGUUAUAACCUACAAGAUCACGUGACGCUGAAUGGACUGGUGUUUACGGUGAAUGACACGAAGACUUUAAAUGAUCGCCGCCUAAUGAAUCCUACUGAUAUAUUACACUAUAUUUUGGAGGGUAGAGGACCUUACACAAUACCCGGUGGUGCUGAGGGUUUCGCUUUCGUGCGUACGCCAAACUCGACAGUUGAUAAGGACUAUGCCGAUAUGGAGAUUGUUUUGGGCGCCGGCUCGCUGAGUGGUGAUCAUAUGGGUUCCUUGCGUGACUUACUCGGAAUGCCCGAUGAAUUUUACUAUAAAGUUUAUGAAGGUCUCCACGAAAAGGAAACCUUUGGUCUGGUGCCGGUUCUGCUGCGCCCCAGCAGUAGAGGUCGCAUAUCCUUGCGCAGCACAAAUCCUUUUCAUUGGCCACGCAUGGAGCCAAACUAUAUGCAAGAUCCCGAUGAUAUACGUGCCAUGUUGGAGGGUGUACAAAUGAUUUUUCAAAUCACACAAACAAAAGCUAUGCGUCGUCUCGGCACCACAUUCAAUGCGAAACCGUUCCUGGGCUGUGAGCAUCUGACCUUUCACAGUAAGGCUUAUUGGAAAUGCUGUCUGCGUCGUUAUGGUUCCAGUCUGCAGCAUCAGGCGGGCACUUGUAAAAUGGGUCCACCGACAGAUGCUGCUGCAGUAGUGGACCCACAGUUACGUGUACACGGCAUAAAACAUCUGCGUGUGGUCGAUGCUUCCGUUAUGCCUACCAUACCGGCUGGACAUACGAAUGCUAUUGUGAUAAUGAUUGCAGAGAAGGCGGCCGAUAUGAUAAAGAAUUCUUGGCGUAUGCGGUACUAAGGUGCAACUGUAUACAUAUAUCGUAAUGUAAAUAUUUAAUUUAUUAUAUAUAAUAUAUAUGAUAUUAUAGGUAUAUCAAGUCAUUAGUUUUAGCAAUUAUUUACUCAAAUGUAUUCAUGAAAAAUUCUCGCCAUCAAUGUGAUCAACGAAACCAUUAACUGCCAUUAGUGCUACUAUUAUAAGAAACAUAUUUUAUGAAGCUUUAAUAAAAAUAUUUCAAAAUAAAAAAUACCAUAUUGAACAAGAAAUAUUGGAGUUGCGGUUUUUAUGUAAAUUUCUAAUUGGCGAAUCUUCACACAAUGACUCCAAAACGAAGAGGACUUAGAUCAUUCCACGACAUAAAAGAAAGACUUACGAAAUAUCUGUCUUACCAAGCUCCCUAGAAAUAUUUAAGUUGGAAUUGGCAGUUUCGUUUCAGCGAAACAACAAAUACGUCAAUAAUUCGAUCUUGGACAAUAAUUAUGAUAUUCCAGCAGUUUUUAGGAGAGAAAAAGAUGUGUGUACACCUCAGAUAGAAGAAUCACUGAUUGGAGGGUUCAAUAUGGUCCAAGACAACUAUUUUUCUUUCA